UUUCAGAAGCCCAACAUGGCUCACAUACACUUGAAGGAAAAAAUUGAGCUGGAAAAGAGUGUCAGGAGGUUCAGAGAGAUGUUCCAAGGGAGCGUGUCCUUAGAGUUAGCGGUGCUGCUGCUGAGCAGAUAUCGCAGUAAUUACCAGCUCGUAGCCAAGCACAUCAUUCUCAUGGUCUCUGACCUGGAUACUGAUGGUGACUGAAGACUAGUUCAUUAAUCCCAGCUCUUUCUGCAGGAUGUCAUCGAGACUCUCCAAGCUGAAGAGAGGAAAGCGAAGGAUGAGACAAUGAAGAUCAAGGAGGAUCCUGAAGUAAAGAAACUAGUGUCACAGUUGACACAGGCGAACCUGAAACUGUUUGAUCAGACCAAUGCCAAGCAGAUACCAUGGGUGGAGAAACAGUUUGCAUGCAGGCUGUGCGAUCAUUACUGGUGGAGGAGAGUACCUGAUAGGAAACAGGUCUCGAGGUGUCGGAAGUGUAAGGUGAAGUACAGUCCAGUGCCGCAUGACAAAAUGUGGGGCUAUGCUGAAUUUCACUGCCAACGCUGCGGCAACACCUUUGGGGGCUUCGGACAGAUGGGACUGCCAGUUCCGUGCUACGUUUGCCACAGCUGCGUGACUCCCGUGCGUAUCCUUCCACCAAAGAAGGGGGUUGGCCCUCGCACCCAAAGACCCCACAGCUGUUUCGCUGAGGACUGCUACCAGCGCAAAGAACCUCACAUCCCCGGGAUGCACUGUGUUCACCCACGCAGCAGGCAACAGAAGGGGCUCCCAAAAGUGCUGUACCCCAGCCCAGAGCACCACAGCACAGGGUCAACUAUCGCCACCUGCCUGAGCCAGGGGAGCCUGAUGGAGUGUCACGUGGAUGACAUCAUUGAGGAGGACAUCAAGGAGGAGGAGGAAGAGGAGGACACGACCGAGGAAGAUGAGGACUCGACAGAACACUCCGUCAAUGGAAACAGCGCCAAUGGAGACUGAGGUGAUCCUUGUCUGCCCCCAGCUCCGUCUCGCACCAGGUCGCAACCACUCAUUGUCCCCAAGUGCAUGGUCCUAGAGUAAUGUCCAUUUCGGAUGACCCACCACAUCGCCCCACACACACACACCUCCGCCAUCCUCUGGGUUAUGGCGAGCUUUGUGGUUGGCAUUUGGAUGGAUUUCCUACACCUUGGAAGGCAUUAAUCUCUCCUUUCUCACAUCCCUCUUGUUGGACUGUACUCGUCCUGAAUGUAAGAAAGCACGUCAUUCGAGUUUCUGAUCUGCGACAAAGAAAGGCAGGUUCAGUUAUGUUUUCUGGCUCAGCGGGAGUUGUCUCGAGCUGAUCAACAAUGGGCGGCAUCGCUGUCCUGAGGUCUUUCUUCUACUCCCCAAAUGCAUUUGAUUUGUCCUUGUGUGUUGGCGUGCGUGUGGCUGCCGUAAAAGCUAAAGUCAAGGUUGUCGUUUUGAAUAGCUGACCGACCUUCGAUGACUGCUCAAGGCUGCAGCAGGAUGAGUGAGGCCUGGUGUGUUUGAUGCCCCCUGGCUCUGUAUCUGAGUGGGCUUGCUCCUCUGUGUCCUGAAUCCUCAAAACAUUUACUUUAAUUCCCGCUCGGAGACGAGUGAAGGAGCAGCUAUUGAACAUUGCAUUUGUACAGCGCAGAACAAAGCCAUUUUUGCCCACUAUUGUCUGUGCUGGCUCUCGGAAAAAACUAUAGCCAAUUUGCUCCUUUCCCCAGAGCCCUUUCUUUUUAAAAGAAAACAAAGAACUGCAGAUGCAAGAAACAAAAACAAAAAUUAGCUGGAGAAGCUCAGCAGGCCUGGCAGCAUCCGUGCAGAGAGAAAAGUAAUUAAUUUUUGAGUCCAGAACAUGUGCUUGACACUGCUGUUUCUGCGAUAGACUUACACAUUCUCUCAGACUUGCUUCAGAAACCAAUUUCUUCUUUGUGCUCUCACUGAGCCCAUAUACUCUAUUGUCUCCUAUCUCACACCGUGUCCUCCUCAAUCAUUGCUCCCACACCUGUAUAGGAACCUGCUUCAAACUAAUUCACCACACUCUCAAAGUUUUUGUUUUCUGACAUGCACACAAAAGUACCUUGGCAUGUUUUACCAGCGUUUAAGAUUGCUAUAUCAAUGCAAGUCAUUGUUGUUGAAUUGAUUUCUUCUAAUCCCUCGCUUUGACCUUUGGAUGGAACUUUUUUCCCAUUUUGUUUUUAGUUCUGAAUCUCUGUCUGAGUGAACAAUGCUCUAUCCUCAGAUUGCCUGAGUGCCAUUCUCCCAUGCCCUGUGCCCAUUAUGUUUUGGAUCCAGGGAUGUGAGCUGACCUAUCCCCUUCCUAACUCCCUACCUACACUCACCUUUCCUGGCCCCAUCCCCGCCUCUUCGACCUGUUUGUUUCCUCUCCUCUAUCCAUCUUCUAUCCGCCUCCCACUCUCUCCCUAUUUAUUUCAAAACCCCCUUCCCCUCCCCCUUUUCUGAUGAAGGGUCUAGGCCCGAAACGUCAGCCUCUCUGCUCCUAUGAUGCUGCUUGGCCUGCUGUGUUCAUCCAGCCCUGCACCUUGUUGUCUCGGAUUCUCCAGCAUCUGCAGUUCCUACUAUCUCUGAUUCGACUCUAGAACGCCCUUUUUGUAAUCUCUGCUCCCCUUCCUGUGAACAAACGCUGUGUGGUCCCGCUGCAGUCUAAUGCUGUGUGAAGGACUGGGAAUCCCACCCAGGCAUCAUGCUGAAAAUGAGAAAUAUAAUCGUUGUAUUGAGCCUAUGGUGAGGGCAAAGUGUGGAAUUGUUUAGCUUUUUAUUUACCCCAGAGGAAAAGACAGCACUUUUUAAAAAAAAAAUUCACAUUGAAGCUUGAGUGCUUCAUUCACAUGAAAUCUGGAGCUCGCUGAACAGUGAGUUGUCGCUCUGCCGUAGGAUACCACAUUCCUGAGAGCUGGAUUUCAGGGAGAUGCUGGUGAAGAGAAAUCCAGGCGGAUUUGAUUUAGUUUUGUCUCAGUUCAGGAGUGAUGAGCCAGCGCAUCUUUCUGACACCGGGGUGGGAGUGCAGCCACGUCAGCCACAGGAAGAUAGGAGCUUGAGUAUCAGGCUGUUCGGCCCCUUCGAAACUACUCAGCCAUUAGUGAGGUCACGGCUGACCCACUGCAGUGAUCCCCCCAGAGCCCAUCCCUGUAAUCGUGGCUCCCUUAUCAACACCUCCUGCUCCUGAGUUAAGGCGUCCUGAGUGCAGGUCCCACUCCAAAGACUUGAAUGCAGAGCCAGUACUGAAAGAGUGCAGCUCUGCCGAAGAAGUCAUCUUUCAGAUGAAACUCUAUGCCGUGGUCCUUUUGGCUGUUUCAAGAGGAUGCAAAUGCUCCCAGUCAUUAUCAGAGGAAGAUUGGUGUUGAGGUUCAAUUUCGUUUGCUAUGUCACUGUCCGAACUGCACAGUCGUAUUAUUGAUUACAGAAGCACACGACCUGUUCCUCACAACUUGUUCAACUUGCAGAUACAGAGAGCUCUCAUGGUGCAGUGGGUAGUGUCCCUCCUUCUGAACCAGAAGCUCCGGGUUUGAGUGCCACCCCAGGACGUAGUGGCAAAGGAAGAUGCAUUCGUAAUUCAGUCCAACCCGUUGUUUAUCGACCUGCAGACGUUUCCAACAUGUGCCAACGGCAGGCAGUUAAGCUCAGGAAGGGUUCCUGGUCAGCUAUCUGAUGGAAUGAAUGUUGGAGCCUCCGCCAUCAGAAUGCAUAGCUCGAGGAGAUCAUGUUAAAAAGUGCACGUUGCUCUCAGUGAGCUGUAUCCUAUAACCAUCGCGCAUAGUGUGGCAACAUCGCUCCCUGGUGGCUGCAGUGAGAGACUGCAAUUGCUGACCCUUCAGGUUUUCCUUCUCCCAGCUACAGAGACAACGCAGUGUGGAGCUGGAGGAACACAGCAGGUCAGGCAGCAUCAG